AUGCCACCGAAACCUAAAAGUCCGAGAGGUAAAGGUGCUCAGAGUGCGAAACCAACCGGAGCUGCAGCAUGGGAAUCAGCAUUAGCUACAACAUCAUUCAAUCAGGACGACUGGCGUACAUUUGUUUGCUUUUUAACGCCUGAUACCGCAGUGAAUCAAAUUUAUAUUGAUCUAAUUGAAAAAUCUGUUACACAAGGUCUUCGACGGCGUUUCGAUAUCAUUGCUAAACAAGAACUUCUUGAAAGCAUUAAAUCAUUGGGGAAAGUGGGAAAGAAUACUAAAAAUCAAACAGCCAGUGCUGCUGCAUUUGCAUCAUCACAGUUCAUUGGUGCCUAUGAACAUGCCAAACAAACAUUGGACAAUGGAGAAGAAAUAUCUGAUCAAUUAUGGGGAAAAUUAAUUAAAUCUAAGUUAUUAGAUUUCAAAAAGGAUGUUAAAAAUCGAACAGCAAUAGUUACAUCUGCCAAAGCGGCAGCCAAUUCGAAUACGUUAAAAGUUGAAAAACCAAAAUCACCUGGUGGAAAAAAAUCUCCAAAACCACCAGCAAUGGCUAAAAAGACCCCACUCCCUACCCAAAUCUCCACAUCGGAUGCACCUAUUGAAAAGAGUACUAGUGUUAAAACGCGUGAUCAAAUUAUUGAUGAAACAAAAUAUAUUGAUGACGAACCCAAAGACGGUGUAAAUCAAUAUGUGCUUCUGAGUGGUUUCAAUUCCGUAAAUAUCAUUCAACAAUUAGAAGAUUUAGAUGUCAUUGUUGAUAGUGUGAUGAAUGUGUCAUGUGAUGAAAUUGAGGAGACAAAACGUUUAUAUAAUGAAAUGAUACAACGAGAACACCAAGAACAAACAUUAAAAGCUGAUGUACUCAAAGAUACAAUGACUUCUGAACAAGCUGCCGCCGAAAUGCAUAAAAAUGAACAGGCUUUAAAUUCAUUUUGGACAAAUCUUUUACCAACAUUAGAUAAUGCAAAUGAUCGCUCAAUGUUACAAGACAUUGUUUUAACAGAUUUAAAAGUAUUAGGUAGCGUUAUACCAUCUUCAUGGAAUAAUGCUGAAGAAAGGAUUCGAUUAUCUCAAUCGUUAUACAGUGCUGUGGCUGAUAUAGCUUAUCGUCUUGUUCAACGAAAACGACAAUAUGUUGCAUUUAAUCAGCAAAUGAAAGUUUUACCUAUUCCAGUAACCGAAGAAAAAUUAGUCGAUAAUUCAUCGGAUGCAAAAAAUUAUACUGAACUAACAUCGUUGGUACCAUCCGAAUCAAUUAGUAUAUCACUUGUUCUACACAGUAUACUUGAACAGGUGGAAGUUCAAUCAGCACAAAAAGAAAAACCAGUACAACCACGAGCAACAUGUGAUGAUAUUACACAUUAUUUACGUGAAAAACUUCUUUCAUUAUCAAUGCAUGAAGGGCAGCAAAAGGAAGUUGAAAAUAUCGUGCCUAAAUCUCCAUUUGUGAAAGCAACUGGUUCUGGUCCGAAUAUGAUUUAUUGGUGCGAUAAUAUCAAACAACGUUUAACUACAUUAAAUGGUUUAGAAACAGUUGAUUUAAUGAAAAUCGAACAAGACUUAUUAUCAUUCACAAAAUUAGCCAGUUUAUCAAUAUUACCACGAAUCACGCCUGAUCAAGCACAACAACGAGAAGCAAGAUUAAAUGAAUUACUACAUUUUUGUACAGAUGAAGAAUUGGUUGUCACUGAUGUUGAUCAUGCUUUAAAACAAUUUGUAUUUGAAUGUAUGCAGUUGACAGCACCGUCAACGGAUUCGGAUAUGACAGCCCAAUCAACACAAAUAAAUGAUGAUCGUAGUGUAUACGAUAAACAUUUUAUAAAGUUGGACGAUAAUGAGACGGGAAAAGAAGACAAUAUCUGUUGGGAUGAUCCAUAUCCGGAUAUUAUCCAAUUAAUGUCAGUUGAAAACGACAAAACAGGUCUCAUUUCUUCAUCAACACCCAGCCCAGUGUCAUCAUCCCCACGCAGUCAAUCCGGUAAAGGAUCUAUUUUAAGAGAUCGUAGUCAAUCACCAAAACGAUCAGGACAUUCUGUACGUUUCGAUGUAAAUAAUCCUGAAGAUGCCUUCCAUCAAGUUGCACGUGUUAAUCCAUUUAUGGGUGAUGUUAAUAAUGUGAUGCAAAACAUCAAACAUUUUCACAAGCGAAAUUUAAAUGACUGGAAUUUUGCUGAACAUUUUGAACCGAACGUUUUUGCCCAGGUUAUUGAUGAUGCUAUUUUUACUCAUUCUCACAUUGAUACUUAUUACAAUCGUCGUGAUCAUACGCAUAUGGUUGUUUUAUCAAUGCCAGUGCCUGAAGGCAAAACAAUGGCAUUUGAAAAUGUAAAUCGAAAACUUUUUUCAGAUGUUGGAUUUAGAAAUUUUCUUGAUGAAAUAUCCUAUGAAAUAGUUGAUUGGCUACGAGAUGAAGAAGCCAAAUAUCAAGCUGAAUUACUUGCAAAAGAAGUACAAACAUACCUUAGGCAAGCAUCUGGUGCAUCAAAUGUCACCGCUGCAGAGAAAAAAGUCGCCAGUGCUGUAAAAAAAACGUCACGAUCACCCAGUGACACAUCGGAUAGUGGUAAUGAUACAGAUGAUGAGCACGUGAUCAAAGAAGAUUAUGUUUAUCAAAAUUCAUUGAAAGCAUGGAAAACAAAAAAAGAUAAAGAAGUACUGGAACAAAAACUGGAUCAACAAUCAAAAGAAUCAAAGGGAAAAAAACCAUCAUCAGCAGCGGGAAAGAGGAGUCCUCGUGCAACAUCAGCCGAGAAGAAAAACACGGGAACAAAGUCACCGCCAAAAUCAAAAUCACCAAAAGCUGAAAAAGAGUCAAAACAUCAUUUAGCACAAUCGAAUAUGGAUCGAGAUUCGAAAGAAUCUAAAGAAUUGAAAGAAAAAUCCGAGAAUGAAAUGUUUAUUGGCUAUAGUCUUGGUAACAAAUUAUUGAGCGUUCAGAGUGAUACUACACAUUUAUUAGUACCGGAUGGUUGUUUCAUUCGCACGAAAGUUGACAGUUUUAAACGUGGCAAUACGCACAUAUCGACAAUGUUACAUCGAAAUCGUAGUAUCUAUAAAGUACAAUUGUUAAAUCCAUUGCAAUCAUUUAAAGCUAAUACAGCACGAUCAGAAGUAGAUAAGUACGAUGGUGAGCAGCAACAAGAAAAGGAUAAAGUAUCAAUGUCAUCGGCAACAACGUUACUUCAACAUCCUCAACAACAAGUCAACAAUGAACAAGAUGAAGCAUCAAAAUCUAUUAAUGCUUCCACAAAUGAGACAAAGUCGAAAAAAGUAGCUGACUACGGUGUAUUUACAGCACAAUUAAAUUCAGGAAUGAUUCUCACAUGCAGUACAUAUAACCAAGAGCCACCAAAAUCAAUUGAAAUUCAAGGAGCACAAACAGUAACUGAACCCCCGCCGCCACCACCGGUAACAGAAACUCCUCAUGAGGACAAAUUAGACGAUAAGAAAAAAGACGCGAAACAAAAGAAAAAAGGAAAACCAGUUGAAGUUGAACCUCCACCAGUGGAAAAACCCGAAGAGCCUCAAUUUACGAUAAAUCCAUUUCAACGUUUAACUGUCUCCAUACCAACUGGAUUGGUAAUAACAUACUAUCCUGAAACAUUUGUUGGUGUGAAGCCAACAGAAGAUAAUACACCUCAUCGUUUAACUGUCAAACAAUUUUAUGCCUCUUGUUCAAAAGGCUAUCAUUCAUGUGAACAAUCAAGAAUUAAUGCUUAUCAAGAAAAUUCACGUAUCAUUGAAUCAAAUGGAAAUGUAAUGAUAUUCAAACGAAAUGGAGAAGUAACGGUUUUAUGUCCAGAUGGUGAAAUGUUUAUGCGAACAAUGGUAUCUCAAGCAGAACCAGAUAUGGAUACACCAGAACAACAAUCACCACAACAAACGAUAAAAAAAGAUGUGCGAGACGCAAAAGCUCCUGUGGGCAAGAAAAAACCCGAGUUCAAACAAGAAGAUAUUCCAAUAAUGGAUGAAAAACCAACAUAUGAAUGGCGUUGUAUUAGCGCAGAUGGACAAGUUUUCAUCCAAAAUAUUCCUAAUGGAGAUUAUGAAAAAAUAGGAAAUAUGAGAUUAAUACUAGAAAGUAAUCCAAAGACAUCAGAGCAAGUUAUUCAUCGUGAAGAUAAAGUAGUUAUUGUUUAUCGUGUUGACAAUACACGACUAGUGAUUUUUCCCGAUGGUACACGCAUCACCACAUAUCACGCCAUAGAGCAACGAAAUAAUAAUUAUCAUGGAGAUCAUGAAACAGGCGAAAAAAAUUAUGAGAAAAUACCCCAUGUUAAAGUAGAAGCACCUGGUUAUGCGACAGUAGCAUUUAACUGUCAAACAAGUGAUUGUCGAACAAUAUUCAGUGAUGGAAGUUUAAUUGAAAUAUACGCAAAUGGUACAUAUUCUGUAUUCGAAUGUGAAGGAGAGAAAUUUGAUAUUAAUGAAAAUGGAGAUGUUUUAUUUGAUUUUCAACAAUCAACAUUCUCGAAACGUACUCAAGAAAUAUUAACACGUGUUGAACCAGCAAAGUUUAUUCUUUCACAAAAUGCAGAUUUGUUAUUAGAUGGUAUUGAUCAUGAACAAACACAAUAUUGUGUAGAAUCAACCGGUGAUACAUAUUCAAAAACAGCAUCAGGAGAAAAAGAAUAUUUUGGUUCAAUGGAAUUGCAUGUUCCACGAUAUUUUAUUGUACAUCAAGAUGGAAGCGGCACAGAAUUAUUACGCUUCAAAGAUUUAUACAAUUAUCUUCGUACAAUGGAUCUUGAUCCUGGAACAGCUGUUGUACGAGAACCAUUGUUAAGUAAUCCAAAAAUAACUGGUGCAACAGUGAUGAAACCAUUUCAAGGUAUAUCAUAUUCUCAUUUUUUCACGAUUUAUAUCAGUUUAAUUUAUACAAUACUUGAUUUUCUUGAAGAUGAAAUUCAUAAACGUUGGUCGACAGUGUAUGAUGAUGAUUCCAUUUUACCAAAAAGUUUGAGAAAUAAUACAGCAACUAUUACACGAAGUUAUUCAUCAUUUUCGGAUAGUGGAUUAUCCAAUAAUCCAAAAACCAAUCCAAGUCGAUCGGAUACGAGUGCCAUACUUCGAAAUGUUAUCUCAUCAAAUCAACAAAAAUCAACAAUUACAAUGACACCAACAGCAUUGACACCACAACCAUUAUACGAUAUGCCUAAAGCACUUGUAUAUAGACAAUUCUUAGAAUUUCCACGUGUUAAUGAUGAUAUAAGAUUGAAAUUAUUUAGAGCACUAAAAGCAUACAUUGAAUUUGUUAAAGAUCGAGCAGAUUAUCAUGUCAAAUUAUUACCACAAGACUAUCGAACAAAAGCUGAAAGAGAAAAAGCAACAAAAAUAUGGCGAUUAGUGAGACCACAAGGCAAUACAAAGGAUGAUUUGAUUUUAUUAUAUAUGAAAACUGUGCAUCCUGAUCGAGGAAAAACAAAUGAUAGAAUCAAACAGCAAUCAGUGGUACCAUUAUCGAGAAAAUUUGAUUUAGAACGUUUAGAUGAUGAAUUAAGACAAGAAAAAUUAAAUAAAAAAUUAAAACGUAAUUUAUCAAAAGGAAUUGUUGAACCAUAUUUCAAAAGUGAAUGGGGCAAAGCUUAUUUAAAACAAGAUCAUAAUGGAACUAGUAGAGGUGGUACUGAACAAAGAAAAUUAGAUACUAAAUCAUCACCUAUAUCAGUAACUGAUAGACAAAAAUCACAACAACAACGAACAGAUAGAAAAGCAUUAUCAGCACGUGAUUCAAGAAUGUUGAAAAAUAGUGAUAAUGGUGGCAGCGGUGAUGGAAGCAGUAGUGUUGAUACAGCAGCAGCAGCCGACGAUACACCACACUCACGAUCAAAUAAAAAAUAUUUAGAACCAUUUAAUAAUUUACAAAAAUUAAGAGAGUCAUUUGGACACUCACACGAACAACCCAAUAAAAUACCAACUAAUAGGAGUGUUUCAACAGAAGUUGAAGAUAAUCAAACCGUUAGUAUGAAUCAAUAUGAUGGAACGUUUCGACCGUAUCAUCAAAGUCCAAUUAAAAAAAACUAUAAAGAAUUUGAUGCUAUGGGAAAUAGAAGAUUUCAAGCCAUUAAAUUACCUACGGGCAUCAAAGGAGCGCGACCAAAUGCCGAAAGACAUACACGUUUUCUUGAAAUGGAAGAACCGAUGAAAGUACGUCCGAACAAUGCAUCAAUUGGCGUAUCCUAUUUGAAUAAUCGACCAUUACGAGAAAGACGUGGCUGUGAACUCUAUCCAGAUCGAAUUGAUUUUGGUGUUACAUAUGCAACAGAUAUUGAGAUAAAAAAUGUUGGCAUUGAUUCAUGUCGAUUCCGAAUAAGACAACCACCAUUGGGAACUGGACUAAGAGUGGUAUUUCAACCGGGAAUGUUAGCAGCUGGUAUAAAGCGUCCAAUUACCAUUGAAUUGUAUGCACUUAUUGGUAAUAAUAAUACUAAACAAUCAACGAAUAAUUAUGGUAAUGGUCUAUCACAACUUGAUCAAAAAAUUGAAAUCAUUACGGAAACAGAUAUUAUGCAUUUGCCAGUACGUGCAAAGAUUGCUUCUGAAGAACAAUUUGAUACAAUGUUUGUUAAUAACGAUGAAACAGCUGGUAUGAAUAAAUCUACAGUCAGACUAAUUGCUCGACGUAGUCCAAAUACAAAUGACUGGUUGAUUACUGAUCAACAAAAACAAUAUUCAAAUUCAAAGGUUCAUGAAUAUGAACGUAUAACGACGACAACAAACGAUGGUUGCAUUGAUAGUACACCAUUUUCUAAUAGUGAUAAUUAA